CUAUUUGGUGUAAGUGCAAAGUGAAUGCAAUGAAACAAAAUGGAUGGAGCAGUACGAGUAUUGUACUAGUAGCAGUAGUGCUAGUAACAAACAAUUCGUCAGCAAGUUAAUUUUAUGCGUGACGCAUAUAACAACCACGUGAUAAGGGCAGUCCAAUGACGAUAUACACGAUUAAAUCGUUUGUUUGUCUUGAUUAUCAUAUGUGUUAUUUGUUAUUUUAAGUCGCUUUAGACGGAAAAGCCGUUCAACUAUUUUCUAAUUCGGCUUCCGUAGUUUAGUGAUCGUUGUGGUAGUUGCUAGGCGACUAGGAUUGUAUGUACUUUUUGGAAACGCAGCGUCUAGUCGCCCUGGAAAAGAAUAAGGCCACCAAAGAUGCCUGCGAAUGACCUUUUAGCGAAGGAGGAGAAAUACAAGCUGCUAAAUGCAAAGCUGGAGGCCAAAGCGGCAAAUCUGGUCAUGCAAGCAGAUCAACUAAAGAAAGAACGAGAAGAUUUUCUGUCAAAGUCUUCAAGUGCGCUCACACUCAAGGAUUUGGAGGAUGAAAAAGCAUCAAGUAACACCAAAGAUGGAGGAACGUCUGUGCCGAAACCUCGUAAGGUGGAGCCCAAAAAGUCACAAAAGUCAGAAGCACAAGAGCAUCAUUCGAACUCUGCAGUUUGCGGGAACGCUUUGGGAGCGGCGGGAGAUUCGGCCGAGUCUUUUGUGGCAAUGACGAUACAAAAUGUGGAGGACAGGAUGAACCGCUUGGUUCCUCAUGACAACGUCUUCGCUGACGGAGACAAUGAAGGGACGGGCGUUUCAUGUGCACAAGUCCACGCCCUGAUGGCCAACAUUGCGAUGAUGCAAGAAGAAAUUGAUCAUCUUCUGAGUGACAGAAAAAAGAAGGAUGAUGAAAACGUCAAGCUGAACGCCAAAGUUAAGCAGCUAGAGGAGGAACGGAUCAAGCUCCAGAGGACCGUCAACAUCCAACAGACAAAGAUGGACAAGCUCAAAGCGUCGGAGAGCGAGGCCGCCGUCAAAUGUGAUAGCCUGCAGCUGCAAGUGUCCGCUUUGCACAAGGAAAUGGAGAAGCUGAACAAAUCCAGCAAGCAAGGAACGGCCGCCCAGAACACUGUUGAGAUUCGUCUGACCAGAGCUCUAGAUGAGGUGGAGCGCCUAAAGUCAGAACUCAACAAAACCAAACAGAUGAACAAGGACAAGAUCAGUGAGGAACAGCAGACUCGAGAAAAUCUACUGACAGAAAACAAACUGCUAAAAAAGCAGAAAGGGGAGCUUAUUGUCGGGGUAAAGAAGCAGCUCAAGCUAAUCGACGUUCUUAAAAGACAAAAGAUGCAUCUUGAAGCCGCCAAGUUGCUUUCUUUCACUGAGGACGAGUUCAUGAAGGCCCUCGACUGGGGCAAAACAUAAAUAUGAUUAGCAAAAAGUCUGGUUGGAUUUUGCAAAUGUAUUUUUAACAGCCUUUCUCAACACAGUCAUUUUGGGACA